CGUGUCUCUCCUCCCUCCGGAGGGUUUUGUGUUCCCCUCGGAAGGGUUUUUGUUGAAAUUCCACCAGAACCCUUCGCUUCUGCUCAACCAUGAAGCUUCUCCUUCAAUCCAUUACAGGCUACCACAGAUCUCUGCUCCGAGCUCUGGGACGUCGGCGAUUCUCCACUGAGACGGCGGAGUACUCGAAGAGAAACUACGCCAACAAUGUCUCCGAGUACAACACCGUCAUCGGCUCUCUCACCGCUCAACGAAGACAUUUUCUGUUGAGAGAUGCGUACGAUGACAUGAUGUUGGACGGGGUGCAGCCGUCUCGAGACGUGUUUCACUCGCUGAUAGUUGGGACGAUGAAAGGUGGUCGCUUGCAGGACGCUUUCUUCUUCAGGGAUGAAAUGAAAGCCAUGGGUUUGCUCCCUGAUGUUGCUCUAUACAACUUCUUGAUCUCUACCUGUGGGAAAUGCAAGCAUUCUGAUCAUGCAAUUCAUAUUUUGGAAGAAAUGAAGAUUAAUGAAGUAAAACCGACUGGACAAACUUACAUCUGUCUACUCAAUGCAUAUGCAGCAUCUGGCCGCUUAGAUCGAGUGUAUGCAAUUGUACGUGAUAUGACUGCAGCUGGUCUUGGUUUAAACAAAUUCUGCUAUGCUGGACUUAUAACUGCACACAAAAACAAGACACCAAUGACAGAUGAUACACCUACUAAAAUCAUUGAGCUUGUUGAGCAGUCAAAAGGGUGGUCAUCUGUUGAAGCAUCAAGCGAUAUUGCAGAGAAUGUCAUGAUGGGUGUAUCUGAAGAAGAGUUAUACAAUAUCCCCACUGCUGAAUAUGUUCACAGGCGUGGUGGGUUCAUGAAUAAGCAAUUGACUGUUUAUCAUGUUGCAUUUCACGCUUGUGCUGACCUUAGAAAUGUGGAGGCUAUGGAAAUUCUUCUGGAGAUGCUGAAAAAGGAUGGUAAAUAUCCUGAUGUCUUCAUUGUGAUGCAAACUAUGAGGUGCUAUCUACAUUCUGGAGGCCUAGAUCAAGGUCUGAAAACCUUUGAAGACUACAUGAAUUCAGGGAAGCCCGCAAUGAUUGAGCUAUACGUGACACUUGUUGAAGGAGCGAUGGUCGGGUAUACUGAGAAGGGAAUGCAACUUGCGCAGGACACACUGGUGAAGAUGAAGUCUAGGAACUUUUUCUUGAGCCUCAAAAUGGGAAGUGAUCUUCUCAUUGCAGCUUCUGGUGAAAAGACUGGUGGAUUUACCACUGCCAAUUAUAUCUGGGAUCUGAUGCAAGCACGCCGAAUUACCCCAUCACUUCCUGCUGUAGAAGCCUAUUACAAUGGAUUAAAAGAACGCGAGAUACCAGAAGAUGAUCCAAGACUCCUACUAGUCUCAAGGACUUUAGACAACUUGCGCCUAAGAUUUAGACCAGGACCAGGACGAACAUAGCUUGAAAAUGAGAGGCGGCAUCUUGGAGGAGCGCACGUUGAUCUUGUGGGAUUCAUUGACUUGUUCUUAAAAUUCUGUGGUCGAAGGGAACCUAUCGACAUUAUCGCUGUCUGGGGCAUUCAGUCCAGUCACUCUUUGUAUUUCUUAGAUUCUUCAUUCAAUCUUGUAUUGGAGAAAAAAUAUUUGUUCCAUCCAACAGCAUCUGCUGUCAUAGUGCUAUUCGAUGCUGUGCGAGUGUGUUUUCUAUUUUGAAGCCCUACUUUGUAAAUAUUCACAUGAUGUAGAAGGUUCAUAAACAAAGUCUUUCCUUCACUUAGUUGCCUAAAUAUCAUCUGUGAAUGAGACUCCGAUUUUCCUGUAAAAGUAGUUUGCAUUAUCUAAUAAUAUUAUUCAAAAUUUGGUUUA